CUCCAGCAGUUGUGUACUUUUCUCUUGUGGGCCAAGGCGGGUCACGGGUUGGUUUCCAUCUAUUCUCUUCUUUGAUUUCAGUUAUGCAGGUAGUAGGCACCAUGCCACAGCCAACCAUGAAGCCGCUUUGAUGCCGUGAUGGGUGGGUGGUUGGAGAUAGUCUCCGUGGUUGAAUGCGAAACACAUGCUGCAGCGCAAACAAGAUGUUUGUCUUUUGUUAUGACUGUUGGAAUACCAAGUAGUCACUAGUGUGUAGUGACCACUAACCACAUACCAUUACUGUGGUGGGCGUGGCGAUAGAGUUCAACAUCAAGCCGGAACUCAUACAGCAAUAUGCCGUGGUUUGGAAGUUGACAUUUUAACAAACACCUUUCAUGCUGUUAUCAAUCAUAUUAUCAUAGCCCCAGUGCGGAAUUGUCUUGCAAAAGAGACACGGAAAGAUACAUCCCCACUUGCAAAUUUUCAAUGGGGAGGUGAAAAUUUGAGUUCGUCAAUUCUUUCUUUUACUUCCCAUUAAAAUCUAAAUUAUGGUGCAGAUGUACUCCUUCAAAACUAUAAUAAAUUUGAGAGUUUGAGGAGGAAGACCAAGUGGUUCUUUGAGCUGAUUGAAUUUGAUAAUUAGUUUUUUUUUUUUUAUUUGUAAUGGAAAUUGAUGGACCUACAUUUACAUGGCCAACGCAACAGUCAUGACGAAACACGGCCGCACAAUCCUCUCUCUUCUGGAAAAAUGCAGAAGCAUGAGAGAGCUGAAACAAUUACAUGGGCUGAUGAUCACCACCUCACUCGACAGAAGCAUUGUCCCCUUGAGCAGGCUUAUCGAUUUCUGCGUGAACGCUGAAUCUGGCGACCUCGGCUACGCGGCAUUAGUUUUCAUCCAAGUCGACCGGCCCAGCGUAUACAUAUGGAAUUCCAUGAUCAGAGGCAACUGUAACUAUAACAACCCAGAUGGGGCUUUGUCCAUGUAUAAGAAGAUGCAACAUCGGGGCUAUUCGCCGGACCAUUUCACCUUCCCCUUUGUGCUUAAAGCUUGUGCGAUGGUUAAUGAUCAUAAUUAUGGGACGUGUGUUCACAGUCGGAUUGUGAAAACUGGGUUCGAGUCGGAUAUGUAUGCUUCUGUUAGCUUAACGCACAUGUACGUAUGUUGUGCCGAUAUGGAGGCCGGAGAAAGGCUGUUUGGGAAAACUCCCAAGUGGAAUGUAGUGGCUUGGACUACUCUGAUUGCUGGAUACGUCAACAAUAACCGCCCAAGCAAGGCUAUAAGAGUAUUCAAAGAAAUGGACCUUCAGAAAAUCGAGCCGAACGAGAUCACCUUGGUAAACGUUUUAGUUGCCUGUGCACAGAAUAGAGACAUAGAAAGUGGAAGAUGGGUCCAUGAACGUGUUCGCCAAAGUGGGUUUGAUCCAUUCCGAUCAAAUGCAAAUGCAAAUUCAAAUGUCGUUCUUGCCACAGCCCUCAUGGACAUGUACGCGAAAUGUGGUAGCUUAAAGGUGGCAAGGGAUCUGUUCGAUAAGAUGCCUCAAAGAAAUGUUGUUGCUUGGAAUUCCAUGAUAGGUGCCUAUAAUCAAUACGGCCGGGCAACCCAUGCCCUGAAUCUCUUCCUGCAAAUGCAAAUGGCCGGGUUUGAGCCGGACGAAGGGACCUUUUUAAGUGUGCUGGGGGCCUGUGCCCAUCUGGGAGCUCUGGGUCUGGGUCAAGGACUCCACGCUCAUGUGGAGAAGACCAACAUUGGCAAAGAUGUUGCUAUAGGAACUUGUCUCAUGGACAUGUACGCUAAAGCAGGAGACACACGGAGUGCAGUCCAUGUAUUUAGGAGUUUGCCAGAGAAAGAUGUGAAGGCAUGGACAAGUAUGAUCAUAGGCUUAGCGAUGCAUGGUCAUGGCGAGGAGGCACUAAGUCUGUUGAAAGAAAUGCAAGGGAGUGAUGAUGUUACCCCUGAUCACAUCACAUACAUUGGAGUUCUGUGCGCAUGUAGCCAUGCAGGGUUGGUUGAUGAGGGCUACAAACACUUCAACUCAAUGAGGAAUGUGUAUGGCAUAGAGCCCACGAUAGAGCACUACGGCUGCAUGGUUGAUCUUUUGAGUCGAGCUGGCCGCCUGAAGGAGGCGGAACAGCUGGUUGAGACGAUGCCCAUGGAGCCGAACCUAGCCAUUUGGAGUGCUCUUCUGAAUGGUUGUGAGGUCCAUGGCAAUGUCGAGUUGGCUGAUCGAGUGGGAAGGCAUGUAACCCAGUUGGAGGGUCAGGGUGGCGGAGUUUAUGUGCUGCUUUCCAAUAUAUAUGCUCAGGCAGGAAGAUGGCAGAGAGUGAACAUGACUAGACAGUUGAUGAGGCUUAAAGGGAUUGAGAAAACUAUAGGAUGUAGUUCCAUACUUCCAUUGAGUUCAUCAUGAAUUCCCUCCAAAGGGGUUGUUUGGGUGUUUAUUUUUCAUUUUUUCUUUUUAGAUCCUAAAGUUUGGUUAUCGUAUCGGGAGCACCCUGAUACGCCCCAACAGAGGGCGUGUCAGGGUUUUGGCUGGUUGAGACUUGAGAGGUGGAGGUACCUUAAACUGGCCCCCUGAAAGUUUUAAAAAAUAAUACUUAUACUGCCUAAUACGCCUUGAUAUUAAGCUUUUACUAAUGGACUAAUGUGAUGAUUUGAACAA